GGGUCGGGGGGUGGGGGCAGAAAGCCGGGGCUGACACCCGGGCACCCAGACACCGCGCGCGCAUCGCCUGUGACAGCGCCCCGGGUCCGGUCGAGGGCAGCGAGGGGAGGAGGGAAGGAGGAGGAGAAGGAGGAGGAGGCGGGAGCAGCAUCCGGAGCGGAGCUGCAGCAGCGCCGCCUUUUGUGCUGCGGCCGCGGAGCCCCCGAGGGCCCGCAGCUCACCACCACGCCAGGGCCCAGAGGCCAUGGCCUGCCUUCAUGAAACCCGCACACCCUCCCCUUCCUUUGGGGGCUUUGUGUCUACUCUAAGUGAGGCUUCCAUGCGCAAGCUAGACCCAGACACUUCUGACUGCACCCCUGAAAAGGACCUGACGCCUACCCAUGUCCUGCAGCUACAUGAGCAGGAUGCUGGGGGCCCAGGGGGAGCUGCUGGGUCACCUGAGAACCGGGCAUCCAGAGUUCGAGCUGACGAGGUGCGGCUGCAAUGCCAGAGUGGCAGUGGCUUCCUUGAAGGCCUCUUUGGCUGUCUGCGCCCUGUCUGGACCAUGAUUGGCAAAGCCUACUCCACCGAGCACAAGCAGCAGCAAGAAGACCUUUGGGAGGUCCCCUUUGAGGAAAUCCUGGACCUGCAGUGGGUGGGCUCAGGGGCCCAGGGUGCUGUCUUCCUGGGGCGUUUCCACGGGGAGGAGGUGGCUGUGAAGAAGGUACGAGACCUCAAGGAGACUGACAUCAAGCACCUGCGAAAGCUGAAGCACCCCAACAUCAUCACCUUCAAGGGCGUGUGCACCCAAGCCCCUUGCUACUGCAUCCUCAUGGAGUUCUGCGCCCAGGGCCAGCUGUAUGAGGUACUGCGGGCUGGCCGCCCUGUCACCCCCUCCUUGCUGGUUGACUGGUCCAUGGGCAUCGCUGGUGGCAUGAACUACCUGCACCUGCACAAGAUUAUCCACAGAGAUCUCAAGUCCCCCAACAUGCUAAUCACGUACGACGAUGUGGUGAAGAUCUCAGAUUUUGGCACUUCCAAGGAGCUGAGUGACAAGAGCACCAAGAUGUCCUUUGCAGGGACAGUAGCCUGGAUGGCCCCUGAGGUGAUCCGCAAUGAGCCUGUGUCUGAGAAGGUCGACAUCUGGUCCUUUGGUGUGGUGCUGUGGGAACUGCUGACUGGUGAAAUCCCCUACAAAGAUGUGGAUUCCUCGGCCAUCAUCUGGGGUGUGGGAAGCAACAGUCUCCAUCUGCCUGUACCCUCUAGCUGUCCAGAUGGCUUCAAAAUCCUGCUUCGCCAGUGCUGGAAUAGCAAACCUCGAAAUCGUCCAUCAUUCCGACAGAUCCUGCUGCAUCUGGACAUUGCCUCAGCGGAUGUACUCUCCACACCCCAGGAAACUUACUUUAAGUCCCAGGCAGAGUGGCGGGAAGAAGUAAAGCUGCAUUUUGAAAAGAUUAAGUCCGAAGGGACCUGUCUGCAUCGCCUAGAAGAGGAACUGGUGAUGCGGAGAAGGGAAGAGCUCAGACAUGCCUUAGACAUCAGGGAGCACUAUGAACGAAAGCUGGAGAGAGCCAACAACUUGUACAUGGAGCUUAACGCCCUCAUGUUACAGCUGGAACUCAAGGAGCGGGAACUGCUCAGGCGGGAGCAAGCUUUAGAGAGGAGGUGCCCAGGCCUGCUCAAGUCACACCCUUCCCGGGGCCUUCUGCAUGGGAACACAAUGGAGAAGCUCAUAAAGAAGAGGAAUGUGCCACAGAAGCUGUCACCCCAUAGCAAAAGGCCAGACAUCCUCAAGACAGAAUCUUUGCUACCUAAACUAGAUGCUGCCCUAAGUGGGGUUGGGCUUCCUGGGUGUCCUAAGGGCCCCCCUUCACCAGGACGGAGUCGCCGUGGCAAGACCCGUCACCGCAAAGCCAGCGCCAAGGGCAGCUGUGGGGACCUGCCUGGGCUUCGAGCAUCUGUGCCACCUCAUGAACCUGGGGGACUGGGAAGCCCAGGGGGCCUAGCAGGGGGACCCUCAGCCUGGGAGGCCUGCCCCCCUGCCCUCCGUGGGCUCCACCAUGACCUUCUGCUCCGCAAGAUGUCUUCAUCAUCCCCAGACCUGCUGUCAGCAGCACUGGGAGCCCGGUGCCGGGGGGCCGCAGGGGGAGCUGGUGACCCUGGCUCACCACCUCCAGCCCGAGGCGAUACCCCCCCAAGUGAGGGCUCAGCCCCUGGCUCCACCAGCCCGGAUUCACCUGGGGGAGCCAAAGGAGAGCCACCUCCACCAGGAGGGCCUGGUGAAGGUGUGGGGCUGCUGGGAACUGGAAGGGAAGGGACUGCGGGCCGGGGAGGAAGCCGGGCUGGCUCCCAGCACUUGACCCCUGCUGCACUGCUGUACAGGGCUGCAGUCACCAGAAGUCAGAAACGGGGCAUCUCGUCAGAAGAGGAGGAAGGAGAGGUGGAUAGCGAAGUAGAACUAACAUCAAGUCAGAGAUGGCCUCAGGGCCUGAACAUGCGCCAGUCACUAUCGACCUUCAGCUCAGAGAACCCAUCAGAUGGGGAAGAAGGCACAGCGAGCGAGCCUUCCCCCAGCGGCACACCUGAAGUUGGCAGUACCAAUACUGAUGAGCGGCCAGACGAGAGGUCUGAUGACAUGUGCUCCCAGGGCUCAGAAAUCCCACUGGACCCACCUGUGUCAGAGGUGGUCCCUGACCCUGACCCCAGCUCCCUGCCCACCCCACGCCAGGACCUACUUAGAAGCGAACAGGGCCCUCCAAACUUUGAGGACUCGGACUGUGACAGCACCGAAUUGGACAACUCCAACAGCGUUGAUGCCUUGCGACCCCCUGCCUCCCUCCCUCCAUGAACGCCACUCUUAUUCCCUGUAAAUAGAGAAAUAUUUAUAUAAAUAAUAUAUAUGCGCCACAUAAUCAAGAGAGAGGGGGCCGUCCCAGCCUUCUAUCAGGCUCAAGGGAGACUGACUCCCUGACCAAUUUACCUGGGUAAACUCUGGGGACACUGGCAGCUGUGGAAAUCAAUUAAGUACUGCCCUAGAGCUGUGUGAAAGGGGAAACUGCCUCUUCCUGCUUCACCCCAUUUGUUAUGUUCAGCAAGCUAUUAGGCAAUAUAAGAUCCAGAGUGUCUCUACACUCUUUACCCUCAAAUACUGGGGGAGAGGGGAGCCCAGGACAAAGAACCACUUAGACUGCACUUUUCUGUUUUCCGUUUACUGUUUACACAUUUUGCACUUGGGAGGAGGGAGACUAAGCUGGAUCCUCCCCUCUGAGGUUUCUCAGGUGGCAAUGUAACUUAUUUCUUUGUCCCUUUAUUUCUGUGCCCAACUCUUGGCUUAGGGCCAGGGGGAGGUUAGGAGACUGAUAGCAUGUGAUGGCUCAGGCUGAAGAACUGGGGUGCUGUUCAAGUCCCUGCUUUUAUCCUGGUGCCUGAUGGGGUGGGGACUGUCAUAUUGUAACCCCUGUGAAAAACCUUGAAAUAUAACCACUCCAUGCAGGCCCAGCUGUUGGGGGUUUUCUUGGUGGAUGAAUGGGGUAGCAUAUGUGGUUAAGUAGGAGGCUUGGGUUCCAGACUGAGGGCUUUCAAGUUAUUUCCCCCCUUUAUGAUACUCUUCUCACUAAAUGAACAGGUCAAGCUCCAAACUUGAUAAAUGGUACCAGAAUAGGAACAGGUGAACAGAAAUAGAUCUUAAAUGCCCACUCUUGUACAGUAAAUGAAAUGGUAAAAACAAGAGACUGAAGGCUUUAGUUUAAAAUGUAUAAGCUUGGACAAGAUCUGACAUUCUUAAGUAGCCAAAUCCCAGGGAGACAGGUGUCCAAGGCCAUCUGUGUACAUGCAUGUGGAUCCUUCCCUGUGACCCCUUCCCCCAAAGAGUACUUGCAUAUUCCUUACUGAUUAAGUCCUAGGAAAGUCUAAUUCCAAAUUCUUUGGGGUACAAAUCUUACAAGGAAGGACCAACGAAGCCAGCUAGGGUCAGGGAAAAUAGCAUCAAGGGCCACGAAAAAAAGACCAAGUGGCAAAUCAGAAGAAAACAUCUUAACUGCAAUAAAUGUUUCUAUUCAAAACCCAAGUAACGUCCUGAGGGAUAAAAGGUACAAAAAUAACAGCAAGACAACAGGAAUAAAACCCACAUGAAUCACUGUGGCAUCCAGUUUCUAUUCACAAAGAAAAAGCUCCAGUCCAUCUUUUAAUUUUUUUUUUUGAAAAAUUCCUGACAUUACAGAACUAAACUGAAAUGUAUUAAUAUUCCACUCUUACAUUUCCAUGACAAACAGAAAAAUUCAUGAGCAAAAAAAAAAAAAAAAAAAA